UUCGUCUGAUUAAGUCACUUUUGUUUUUAUUCGUCUAUUCAUCUUAUACAGUGUUUUACAUAUUGUACAUACAUAUAUAUAGUGACAAAAGAUCGAAUAAAAAAUGUAUCGAAUACCGAAAAAUAUCUCACAAGGCAUUGUGUCCAUUGCCAAAGAUUCGAAUCGUUUAUUUAAAAAUAGUGAUUUCAAUCAACUAACACGUUGUUUGGCUACAACAUCUGUUGGAGAUGUGCUAUUUCCAACUAAAUCAGAUUUUCCAAGCCGCCAUAUUGGUCCACGAAAGACUGAUGUUGUAUCGAUGCUGGAUACUUUAGGAUAUAAGUCACUGGGAGAGCUCACCGAACGGGCCGUACCAAAAGCAAUACAAUUAAAUCGAGAUUUGAAUUUAGACAAACCUUUAAAUGAACAUGAGCUGAUUGUUCGCAUCCGGAAUAUAGCAAAAAUGAAUAAGAUUUGGCGUUCAUAUAUUGGAAUGGGUUACCAUAAUUGUCAUGUGCCGCACACAAUAUUAAGAAAUAUUUUUGAGAAUCCCGGCUGGACAACCCAGUAUACACCAUAUCAACCGGAAAUAGCACAGGGUCGUCUAGAAUCGUUGUUAAAUUAUCAAACACUGGUAUCUGAGAUGACUGGUCUCGAUGUAGCAAAUGCUUCGCUCUUGGAUGAGGGAACUGCUGCUGCUGAAGCCAUGUGCUUAUGUACCCGGCAUAAUAAGCGCAAAAAGCUUUUCCUAUCGAAUAAAAUUCAUCCACAAACAGUGUCUGUGGUAAAAACAAGAGCCGAUGCUCUGGAACUAGAAAUUGAAGUUGGGUCUAUUAGCGAAAUAAAUCUUGCAAGCAGGGAAUAUUCGGGCAUUCUUAUACAGUAUCCUGACACAUAUGGCGAUGUCAAUGAUUUUGAAGAUACUGCUACUCUGGCUCGUAAAAAUGGCACUUUAGUUGUUGUUGCUACCGAUUUAUUAGCACUCACACUGUUGAGGCCACCUGCAGAGUUCGGUGCUGAUAUGGCAGUAGGCACUUCACAACGUCUCGGUGUUCCUCUUGGUUAUGGAGGACCUCACGCUGGCUUUUUCGCCUGCAAGCAAAGUUUAGUGCGUCUGAUGCCUGGUCGAAUGAUAGGUGUAACGAGAGAUAUGGACGGCAAUGAUGCAUAUCGUCUCGCAUUGCAAACUCGUGAACAACAUAUUCGUAGAGAUAAGGCCACAAGUAAUAUUUGUACUGCACAAGCUUUACUCGCUAAUAUGUCUGCGAUGUACGCAAUUUACCAUGGCCCAGAAGGUCUUAAAGCUAUUGCUAACCGAAUUCAUCACUUUGCAUUAGCCCUGCAAUCGGGGUUGUCUGACGCAGGACAUGUGAUUAACAACAAACAUUUCUUCGAUACUUUACACAUACAGCCCUGCAAUGGACUUACACUUGAAGAUGUGAAAUCUCGAGCCGAAACAAAACAAAUAAAUUUCCGGUACUUUGCAGAUGGCUCAAUCGGUGUGGCUCUUGAUGAAACCGUUGGACCGAACGAUAUAGACGAUAUACUUUGGAUCUUCAACUGCAAAAGCCUUGAUGAGGUUUUAUCGCAAAGUGACAUUCUUAAGAAUUCAAUUGAAAAGUCUAAGUACUACAGAACGUCUCCGUUUUUGACCCACCCAAUAUUUAGUUCGUACCACAGUGAGUCUCGAAUGGUACGUUACAUGAAGAAGCUUGAAAACAAAGAUAUAUCUUUGGUUCAUUCGAUGAUACCAUUGGGAUCGUGCACAAUGAAGUUAAAUGCGACUACGGAAAUGAUGCCAUGUUCUUUCCGUCAUUUUACCGAUAUUCAUCCUUUCGCUCCGGUAGAACAAGCUCAAGGCUACCACCGUUUGUUUGAAGAGUUGGAGCGGGACUUGUGUGAGAUCACAGGAUAUGAUAAAAUUUCAUUCCAACCGAAUUCUGGUGCUCAGGGAGAGUACGCAGGUCUGAGAGCUAUUCGCAGCUACCAUGAACACCGCAAUGAAGGUCACCGCAACAUUUGUCUAAUUCCUAUUUCUGCCCAUGGAACCAAUCCUGCAUCAGCUCAGAUGGCAGGUAUGAAAGUUGAACCAAUUCGCAUACUUCCCGAUGGAAGCAUUGAUAUGGCCCACUUACGUGAUAAGGCAUCAGAACACGCUCGUAAUUUGUCGUGCUUAAUGAUCACAUAUCCCUCUACCAUGGGUGUAUUCGAAGAAACUGUGGCCGAAAUUUGCGAUCUGAUUCAUAGGCAUGGUGGUCAAGUGUAUCUAGAUGGCGCCAAUAUGAAUGCUCAGGUCGGUCUGUGUCGUCCAGGUGACUAUGGCAGUGAUGUGUCCCAUUUAAAUCUGCACAAAACUUUCUGUAUUCCUCAUGGUGGUGGCGGUCCCGGUAUGGGUCCAAUUGGCGUUAAGUCACAUCUGGCGCCCUAUUUACCCGGCCACCCUGUAAUUAGCCCUCUCGAAAGUGAUGACGACAGUUUUGGCGUUGUGUCUGCUGCACCUUUUGGCAGCUCUGCCAUUUUGCCAAUUUCAUGGUCUUACAUUAAACUUAUGGGAAGUCGAGGUCUAAAAAGGGCCACUCAAGUUGCCAUCUUGAACGCUAACUAUAUGUCCAAAAGGCUGGAGCAACAUUACAAAACACUUUACAAAGAUACCAAAAAUGAUCUUGUAGCUCAUGAGUUCAUAUUAGAUAUAAGAGAUCUUAAAAAGAGCGCAAAUAUCGAAGCCGUAGAUGUGGCGAAACGUUUAAUGGACUAUGGAUUCCAUGCUCCCACAAUGUCGUGGCCCGUCGCAGGUACUCUCAUGAUCGAACCUACAGAAUCGGAAGAUAAGGAAGAACUGGAUCGCUUUUGCGAGGCAAUGAUUUCAAUACGUGGCGAAAUCGCUGAAAUUGAAGCUGGUAGAAUGGAUAAAAAUAUUAAUCCGUUAAAAAUGGCGCCGCACACACAAUCCCAGGUCAUUUCGGAGAAAUGGAAUAGACCAUACAGCCGAGAGUUGGCAGCAUUUCCAGCUUUGUUUGUUAAACCUGAAUCAAAAAUUUGGCCUACAGUUGGACGCAUUGAUGAUGCAUAUGGUGACAAACAUCUCGUCUGUACAUGCCCACCAAUUUUACCUGAUCUUUAAAA